CGGCCAGGCACUGAAAAAGGAGCCUUGCAGAAAGCUAGUGGGAUAGACGGACCUGAAGAUUCUAGUAUACAUUCAGAACUGAUUCCAAGAAGCUAAAGUCCUGAGAAGGAACUUCGAAGUGAGAAAAGAUUUGACUGUAACCAAAACCAAAAUGUCCUGCAUAGAUCCCUAUCAGCACAUUAUAGUGGAGCAUCAGUAUUCUCACAAGUUCACAGUGAAUGUAUUAAGGGCCACGAAAGUGACAAAAGGUGCCUUUGGUGAUAUGCUUGACACUCCAGAUCCCUAUGUGGAACUUUUCAUCUCUUCAACCCCUGAUAGCAGAAAGCGGACAAGACACUUCAACAAUGAUGUGAACCCUGUGUGGAAUGAAACUUUUGAAUUUAUCUUGGAUCCUAAUCAGGAAAACAUUUUGGAGAUCACAUUAAUGGAUGCCAAUUACGUCAUGGAUGAGACACUAGGCACAGCAACAUUUCCCAUUUCUUCUAUGAAAGUGGGGGAGAAGAAAGAAGUUCCAUUUAUUUUCAAUGAAGUCACUGAAAUGAUCUUGGAAGUAGCUCUUGAUGUCUGCUCUUCUCCCGACCUUCGAUUUAGCAUGGCUCUGUGUGAUCAGGAAAAAAAUUUCAGACAACAGCGAAAAGAAAACAUCAAAGAAAAUAUGAAGAAACUCUUGGGUCCAAAGAAAAGUGAAGGCCUGUGUUCACCAAGUGAUGUGCCAGUGAUUGCUGUGCUGGGUUCAGGUGGUGGAUUCCGUGCCAUGGUGGGAUUUUCUGGUGUGAUGAAAGCACUGUAUGAAUCAGGAAUUUUGGAUUGUGCCACAUAUGUUGCUGGUCUUUCUGGCUCUACAUGGUACAUGUCAUCUCUAUAUUCUCACCCUGAUUUUCCAGAGAAGGGACCAAAGGAAAUUAAUGAAGAGCUAAUGGCCAGUGUCAGCCACAAUCCCCUUUUGUUGCUCACGCCCCAGAAAGUCAAACGUUAUAUUGAGUCCUUAUGGAAGAAGAAAAGCUCAGGACAGCCUGUCACUUUUACUGACAUCUUUGGGAUGUUAAUUGGAGAAACCCUAAUCCAUAAUAGAAUGAGUUGUACUCUCAGUAGUUUGAAAGAAAAAGUAAAUAAGGCGCAGUGUCCUUUGCCCCUCUUUACCUGUCUCCAUGUGAAACCUGAUGUUUCAGAAUUGAUGUUUGCAGAUUGGGUGGAAUUCAGUCCAUAUGAGAUUGGGAUGGCUAAAUAUGGUACAUUUAUGGCUCCUGACUUGUUUGGAAGCAAAUUUUUUAUGGGCACAGUUGUAAAAAAAUAUGAAGAAAACCCCCUACACUUCUUAAUGGGUGUUUGGGGUAGUGCAUUUUCUAUACUGUUCAAUAGAGUCCUGGGAGUUUCUGCUUCCCAAAAUAAAGGAUCGACCAUGGAAGAAGAAUUAGAAAAUAUCACAGCAAAACAUAUUGUGAGUAAUGAUAGUUCAGACAGUGAUGAUGAAUCGCAGGAGCCCAAAGGCACUGAAAAUACAGAUGCUGAAAAGGAAUAUCAAAAUAAUAACCAAGCAAGUUGGGUGCAAAGGAUGCUAAUGGCCUUGGUGAGUGAUUCUACCCUAUUCAACACUCGAGAGGGACGUGCUGGGAAAGUACAUAACUUCAUGCUGGGUUUGAACCUUAAUACCUCCUACCCACUCUCUCCUUUGAGAGGCAUCUCUCCUCAGGAAUCUGUGGAGGAAGAUGAAUUGGAUGCUGCUGUGGCAGAUCCUGAUGAGUUUGAAAGAAUAUAUGAGCCAUUGGAUGUCAAAAGUAAAAAGAUCCAUGUGGUUGAUAGCGGGCUCACAUUUAACCUACCAUAUCCUCUGAUCUUGAGACCUCAAAGAGGUGUGGAUCUCAUCAUCUCCUUUGACUUUUCUGCAAGACCAAGUGACUCCAGUCCUCCUUUUAAGGAACUUCUGCUUGCUGAAAAGUGGGCUAAAAUGAAUAAGCUCUCCUUUCCAAAGAUUGAUCCUUAUGUGUUUGAUCGAGAAGGUCUGAAGGAAUGUUAUGUCUUCAAACCAAAAAAUCCUGAUGUAGACAAAGAUUGCCCAACCAUCAUCCAUUUUGUUCUGGCCAAUAUCAACUUCAGAAAUUAUAAAGCUCCUGGAAUUCCGAGAGAAACACAGGAAGAGAAAGAUUUUGCUGAUUUUGAUAUUUUUGAUGACCCUGAAUCUCCAUUCUCCACAUUCAACUUUCAAUAUCCAAAUCAAGCUUUUAAAAGGCUUCAUGAUUUAAUGCAUUUCAAUACAUUGAAUAACAUAGAUAUUAUAAAGAAUGCCAUAUUUGAAAGCAUUGAAUACAGAAGACAGAACCCAUCUCGUUGUUCCGUUUCCCUCAGUAGCAUUGAGGCACGAAGAUUCUUUAACAAGGACUCCCUAAGCAAACCCUCAGCAUAGGCUAUGUGCUAGAAAGUACAUCCAUUGUCUGUACUAUAGCUGUUUGCAAUAUUGUAACAACUGGAUUUGCCACAAGGCAUCAUUGCUCUAGAGAGACUGGAUGGCACUAAGAUGAACAGUGAUUUUGCUGCAUGAGAAUAAUACCAUUGUUGUCUUUUUGAAUUGACAAAUGCCAUUCAUUAUGUGAACACAUGCUUAUUCACGUAUUCCAUCAGUAUGAAUUUCCAAAUGUACUGUAGGACCAUAUACUGAAUUUUUAAACAUUCCUCACCAGCUGUUUUAUUCACUGUACUAUUUUUUAAAAUGCUGAUUCUUUUUAGAGUAUUUGAGAGGAUUGAUGUCAAGGACUACUAUUUUACAUGGAGUGCAAAUUUUAUCCACUGACUAGAUUUAUCAUCCUAUAGGACAACACUAUUUCUUAUUUAUGUAUACAGAAAUGUAAUAGAUGUCUUUAGCAAUAUAAACAUUAUUUUGUGAAAGCUUUUUUUUUAAAGAUUCAUCGUGUCAGCACUUUUAGUGAAAUAGUCCAAUGUUAAUACAAAACCUCAGAUCCUCUGUCCCCAAAGCAAGAGGCCAGAAUUGAAUAUAAAUAAUGUUAUCUCACAUUUAUAUAGUGCUUCAUAGUUUACAUAGCACUUUCUUCAUGAUAGCCUGAUAAGAAAGGUGGAGGAGGGUGUUUUUACUCCUAUUUUAUGAUUGAGAGAACUAGGUUAGUGAGCCUGAGUGACUUGUCCUUGGUUAAUGAGGGCUAGGAUUCAAAGCUAGAUUUCUGACUCUAACUCUGCUUUUUUGACUACUCCAUACUAAUACCAUACCUCUAUCACAUUCAGGCUAUUUUUUUAAGUUCCUGUGAUUUGUUUUAUUAAAUAAAUAAUUUACAUACCAAAUCAGGAAACAGAAAUGCAGAAUUAUUAAGGCAGGAUUAUGUUGCAUGCUUCAAACAACUACUGCCUGUCCACAAGUUUUUUUAAAUUAAAAUUAUUUUGUCUUAUUUUUAUUUUUUUCUUUGUUUCUUUUUGUUUUCCCCCAGUGAAUUACUUAAGACAAUAUUAAUGACAGAAAAGUCUGCUUCUGGCAGUCCAGCUUUCCUAUUCUCCUCUGAGAUUAUCCAUAUCACAAAGGAUCACUGAAUCCCACUGCCCCAAUGCUGUUUCUUCUUCUGAACCCCUGAGCUACAGGAUUGAUAUUUUCAGAAUGUGACCUUUCUCUUCUCCUUUUAACUUUCCCUCAUUCCUCCUCUUUCCAUGUAUUAUUUUCCUUUUUGAUUAGAUAGCUUCCAUUCAUUUUUUUUCUUUUCUUCCACAUAAUCUAUUUCUCUCUCUCUGUUUGUGUCUGUCUCUAGGCCUGCUUAUCUGCAUUUUUUGUUUUGUUUGUCUCUGUCUGUCUUUCCCCCAUAGAUUAAGACCUGUAAGAAACCUCUGAGGUCAUUUAAUCUAUUCCUUCAUUUUACAGAAGGAGAAAAUAAGACACAAGAAAGUGGAAUAACUUCCCCAAGGUCAUACUGGAAAUAAAUAGGAGAGCCAAGAUUUAAUUCAAGUUCCUAUAACUUCAAAUCCAAUCCUUUUCCCACAUGAAAAAACUACCUUAAUGCUCCAUUAAAGCAAACUUCUAUUUUCAAAAGCUUUUUCUUUUUUUUUCUCAGUUUAUUUAUUUCUAGUUUUGAACAUUCACUUCCACAAGAUUUUGAAUUCCAAAUUUUCUCCCCAUCUCUCCCCUCCUGCACCUCAUGAUGGCGUGCAUCCUGAUUAUGCCUUACCCCAAUCUGCCCUCCCUUCUAUCACCACACCCUUCUCUUAUCCCCUUCCCCUUCUAUUUUCCU